AUGUGCUUCGACAUUCUGAACAGGAGACCGGUUGCGCGUGCUGCAGAUGAUGCGCAUGCGCAUGAUGGGCGUGCGAGUGGUGCGCAUGGGGAGCGUGGGCGAGGUGUCGAUGGGGCAUUCUUGGGGCAUGCCUGGCGCAUAGGUGCGUCGAGCUGCCAUGGUGCUCGGCGAGCGACAGCGUCGAGCAAGACGGCCGCCAAUAGCCCCCCUCCUCCAUCUCAGGCCCUGGGGGGCAUCGCGCUGCGCCACAGCACGCGCAGCGCCUCGCACACGUCAGCGCAUGACGCCUCGCCUCGUGCGGGCACCAGUCCUCGCGCUCGCGUCCCGACACCCUUUCCGCUGGUGAUCACUGGUCGGACUAGCGUCUCCGACGCGAUCGCCACCAGCCGCGCAUGGUACCAUCCGAAUUUACACUUACUUAGAUUCGUGUCUCCACCUUAUAUCACUUCACUACACUUAAAUCAGUGUUGUUGCAGAAAAUUUACGAAAUCCUCAUUGUAA